AUGAAGCCCUCCAAUAAUGAGAUCGACGACAGCGUUGAUCAAACUGCUUAUCGUGACCACCCAGACGCCCCCCUGCCAGUUGGGGAAUCCCAAGGAUCCGCCUCAAAUCAACAUCACAACCAAAAUGAAGAAUAUAUUCAUCGAUGUGAAAGCGGCAGCGAGACCGAGGUUCAGCCUGCACUUACGCAGUCCGAGCCCCGACCUAUUGAUGACGAGUAUGAUGAAGCUGCUGCAGCCUCGAGGCCCCGCCAUGCAUGGCAGGUUUUGUGGUUGCGUAAUAAGGGCAUGGCGCUUGUCUUGCUUGCGCAGAUGUUUGGGGCGUCUAUGAAUGUGAUGACACAGAUUUUGGAAAUUCAUAGUGCAAUGCAUCCUUUUCAGGUCCUUUUCGCCCGCAUGUCUAUAACAGCUGUAGCAAGCUACCUGUAUAUGUGGUGGGCAUCCGUCCCCUCUCCAUUCGGAACCCGCCCAGUUCGACUACUGCUCCUCACCCGCGCCACCUUUGGCUUCAUGGGCGUCUACGGACUGUACUAUUCCGUACAAUACCUCCCACUAUCAGAAGCGACCGUGAUCACCUUCCUCGCACCAAUCAUGACCUGUUACGCAUGCUCGCUGCUCAUUCCCGGUGAGACCUUCUCACGACGGCAGCAACUCGCCGCGCUGGUUUCACUUGGCGGUGUCAUUCUCAUCGCCCGCCCCUUCAGCAAACGCGAGCCCCAGACCGUAAACUCGACCCCGACCGCUGCCGCCGUCUGGGCGAUGAGUCUGUCCGCGCAUGAUGAAGCGCCCUCGGACGCAGACUCGUACCACCACGUCAUGGCGACGAUUGUCGCGUUCGUGGGUGUGAUCGGAGCCGCGGGAGCGUACACAUCCAUCCGCAUGAUUGGACGACGGGCGCACCCGCUUGUCUCGGUGACUUACUUUUCAUCGGUAACGACAAUCAUCUCAUUCGUAGCGAUGGCGACUAUGCCGUGGGUGCCCUUCCGACUGCCGAACUCGGUAAUUGAGUGGACAUUAUUGACGGGCCUUGGCGUGUGCGGCUUCAUGCUUCAGUUCCUACUGACGGCGGGAUUGUCGUAUGUCCCGCCGGCGUCGGUUUCCAAUGGGAAGCCCGGAAAUCAGGGAACCAAGGCUACCUCGAUGGUUUAUAUGCAAAUGCUAUUUGCGCUGUUUUAUGAUAAAGUUGUCUGGGGGAGCACGCUGAGUCCGAUUAGUUGGGUUGGAUCGGCGCUAAUUUUGGCCUGUGCUAUUUAUGUUGCCGUUGCGCAGGAAAGUGCUCCGGUGCAGGCGCAGAGAUCGGAAGACACUGAAGAGUAUCGGGAUGUCGAGGGCUACAAGGACGCCACUGACGAAGAAGCGGCUGCAUGA